UACUAACGUUUAAAAGAAAACCUUUAUUAAGUAAAUGGAAGAUGGAAUUCAGAGUGUACCACUUGGGAACUACCAAGUGAAUGAUCUUGCAGGAGUGCACAGGCAUUUGUCAUGGACUCUGGCUUCUCUGCCAAGUUGUGACUCCUCUUACUUCUCUCUUUCUGGUGGAAACUGGCUUUUUACCCAGCUGGGGGAGGUUGCUGGGCCCUCACCACUCUUCCAUGGGACCUGGUACAACAAAGACUCAUUUUCUUCUUCCUGUAAAUGUGAUUUGAAGACAUGCUUGGGGAUAGGACCUGAAAGCAAGCACAAGCUGUUUGCAUUCCAGCAACUCACCUGCACAUGACUGCAGCCACCAUGCAAGUCAGCCAGAAAGACUUUGAAAAGGCUCAAGAACAGCUGAAGCUUUUGAAAAAGGAUCCUGGGAAUGAAACUAAGUUGAAGCUCUAUGCUUUGUUUAAACAGGCUACUGAAGGUCCCUGCAAUUCUCCAAAACCAGGUAUGCUGGACUUUGUCAAGAAAGCCAAGUGGGAUGCAUGGAAUUCUCUUGGCAGUUUGUCUCAGGAUAAUGCCAGACAGAAAUACAUUGAACUUGUCUCAAGUCUAGUCUCUGCAGAGUCUGCUGACCAGAAGAAAGAUGCUUCUCCAGAAGAGGGCAGACAUGGUGGCUAUGAAACAAUAAUAGUUACCACUAAAAACAAGAUCACAAAAAUAAUGUUUAACCGACCUGAUAAGAAAAAUGCCAUCAACCGUAAGAUGUACAGAGAAAUUAUCCAAGCACUUGAAGAAGCUGGAAAAGAUGAUUCAACCAUAGCUGUUAUUACUGGAAAUGGAGAGUACUAUAGUAGUGGAAAUGAUCUGAGCAAUUUUACUGAUAUCCAACCCAAUCAAAUGGAGGAGAUGGCAAAAGAUGGAGCGGUGUUACUCAAAGAGUUUGUCGGUCACUUUAUUGAUUUUCCUAAACCACUGAUUGCAGUGGUAAAUGGCCCAGCUAUUGGAAUCUGUGUAACUGUCCUUGCGUUGUGUGAUGUUGUCUAUGCUUCUGACAGGGCUACAUUUCACAGCCCAUUUAGUCAACUUGGACAGAGCCCAGAAGGAUGUUCCUCUUACCUGUUUCCAAAAAUCAUGGGCUUAGCCAAGGCAAGUGAAAUUUUGCUGUUCAAUAAAAAGCUGACUGCAGCAGAAGCCUGUGCCCAGGGAUUAGUGACUGAAGUCUUCCCUGAAAGAAGUUUUCAGAAGGAAGUUUGGGCAAGAUUAGAAGCUUAUGCAAGCCUCCCAAAAAAUUCCUUGGCAUUGUCAAAGCAACUGUUACGAAGUGCAGAAAAGGAGAAGCUCCAUGCAGUCAACAGUAAAGAGUGUGAAGUCCUUCAGGAGAGGUGGUUAUCUGAUGAAUGUGUAAAUGCUAUUGUCAGCUUCUUUCAGAGAAAGUCAAAACUCUAAUUUUCUCUAGCAAAAUAAUUCACCUUCUGGCUUAAUCUACACUUAUCUUUAAUAAACUUUCUCUUCAAAUAAUUCUUAUACCUUUUGAUGUGGUAUAUUUCUCUUCUGAGUACCUGGGUAAAACAGUUUCAUAAAAUUACUACCAUGUUAUGUGCCUUGGAUCCGUUAUGGAUAUUUAGGUUGGGGAAAAAAGGUUCAUUAUUCUGUAGGCAGCAGCAAUAUUUCUGAACAAUACUAAAGCAGAUUGUCUUUCAAAAGAAGCCAUAGAUCCAGUAUCACCAUACUUUGGUAGCUCUUCAAUAAAUGUCUUAUGAGUCUUACUCUUUUUAUUAAUCUGUGGAGAAGGAAAUACUGUAUUAAUGAAAAAAUAAAUAGAAGUAUUUAA